UUGACAUUCCCGAGGUUUUUGUCUGGGAAAUGAUUCGGGAGUGAUUUGACGUUGGGGGAAAUGUCUGAUACAUCUUGGGGCUCAUCACUGUGCGCGCGGGGCGUACACAGAAGCCGGAAGCGCACCGGAAAGACAAUGCUUAUCUCCGUCGUUGUUCUCUUCGUUGCGGGAUCUUUCUGCCCCAGCGUCACUGGUGAAGCUGGAAAACAAUAUAAAAUGAGCACAAUUUGUAAAAAUCACUUUCUCCGUGAUUUGUACAGAAAAAUCGAUGGCGCGGUAUUGCUAUCGCAGAACGAGAGAAAUCUCAAUUGCGCCACGACGUUCCAGACGCACAGUAUUUUGCAGCGAUUUAUGCUGAGGUUCGAUCGAUUACAACUCGAUUGUAACGAUCAUCUUUAUAUUUAUGAUGGGGCGCAUGCUGGCAGCAAUUACAAGGCGGAUUUAUCCUGUCAGAAUACCCACCUGAGUGUGGGUGCGAUAUACACCCGCACAAACUUCGUAACACUAAAGUACGUAACAGACGGAUGGGGCACCGACACUAAUGGCUUUCAGCUUGUCAUCACCGCCAUUAAGGACGAAAGACACACGUGUAAAGACUUCCGUUGUACCAUGAAUAUGUUUUGUAUCGACGAGGAUCUCGUUUGCGACGGCAUAAAUCACUGCGGCGACGGCUCGGACGAAGUAUCAUCCACCCUGUGCGCCAACACCGAGGCGUCAACAAUACUGGGAAUGCAGAAGACUUGGUUUGCCGUUGCCCUAGUAUUCAGUGUACUCAGUAUAACGGCCCUUCUCACUGCUGGUGUUUUGUGCUAUUGCCGGAGGCGAGGAACAACCCCCAGGCACUCGCACAACACGCACAGCGCACAGAUGACGCACCCUCCUGUUAGCUUCCCAUGUGAGUUACACCGCAAGGCCAAUAUCAUCAUAAAAUCGAUGUGCUUCAUUCAUUUUUAUGGAUUAUUGUGUGUCAAUGAGCUCAUUUUGAGGCUGUUGUGGAGUGUUCAGUUAACGCCCAAAAGCCCAAUGAUAACAGUGGACUUGUCAUUAUUGACAGGUCUUGCGAGAAUGAAGUUGAAUAGCAUAAAGCGCGUCCUCAGAGACAUGGGAUUGCAGCGUUCAGAAUCGCGACGCACAUUCGGAUUGAGAAUGCUGACGAUAGUGUGCCUCCUCUCGAUGGGGGUCUUCGGAGUGGUCCUGUCGAACAGUGUGACAUACAGAGUCCACAGAACGGACAAAAAAUCGCGGCAAUUCGGCGUUAACCAUCGCGAUUACUUCCUCGGCCCCUGCCUGGUGCACACCAACCAGACAUGCCCCGACGACGAGGUCACGUUCUUCCUGUACACCAGGGAGAACCCGGGCUCGAGCAGACAAAUACUCGUUAACGAUUCAUCCUCCAAUCUCCACGAGACCAACUUCAACCCGAGACAUCCAACCAAGAUCAUUGUUCAUGGAUACAACUCAGACAUGCGGCUGGAUUCGCUGGUGGACAUUAGGAACGAGUACCUCAGGAAGGGCAGUUACAAUAUAAUUGCUGUUGAUUGGCACCGUUUGGCUGUCGCACCUUGCUAUCCAAUAGCCGUUCACAAUGUUCCACACGUUGGUGAUUGUCUGGCGCAGUUGAUCGAGAGAUUGAGGGACAAUGGGGCUACGGAUAUUCACGCUAUUGGAUUCAGUCUUGGCGCACAUGUGCCAGCAUUCGCUGCUAAUGUGUUGAGACCGUAUAAAAUGCCCAGGAUCACUGGUCUAGAUCCCGCAAUGCCACUUUUCGUAACAGUCGGGAAGGAUGAGAAAUUAGACUCCGGGGAUGGGGACUUUGUCGACGUUUUUCACACGAAUGCCUUCAUUCAGGGGAAAGUCGAGACCAGUGGACACAUUGACUUCUACAUGAAUGGGGGCAUCAAUCAGCCCGGCUGCUGGGAGAAUAGGAAUCCUUUUGGGUGCAAUCAUCACAGGGCGGCUGUCUAUUACGCAGAGUCUAUUAACAGUCCUGUGGGGUUUUGGGGGUGGCCUUGUCCCGGGUUUUUGGCUUAUCUUUUGGGGUUGUGCCCGCCGAGGGGACCUGCUGUGCGCGCUGGAGAUCCGGUUGAUGAGAACUAUAGGGGGUUCUUUCUGGUGCAUACCAGGGCGCAGAGCCCCUUUGCCGAGGGACUCUUUAGCAGUGCCGAGGGUGAUAAGACGUCAUGAUUUGGGAACCACGCUGGUGGAAAAUUUCUUGAGUUUCGAGGGAAGUGGGUGAAUUUUUUACUACGAUAAGGUUACGGGAAAUUUCGGGAGGUUGAGGAAUUCUUGACGAGUCAGUUGGUUUCGAGAAUAUUUAGAUAAUUCUCGAUUUUCACGCGGAUGGAAUAAUUCGAUGGAAAACCUAGCGAAUUCGCUAGAAAAUUCUGUUGGAAUUCUAGAGGAAUUCUAUUGAAAAAUUUGGUUUUUCCGCGGAUUCUAGUGGAUAUUCGAUGAGAUAGAGGCAGUAGACUUCGAAUUUCUGACGGAAUUCUUCUGUUGAGAUUUUUUCGAUAUGAAUGCUUCGGCAAUUUUCUGAGUUUUUCCACUCGGAUUUUGCGAUGCAAAAUGCAGCGGAAAACAAACAAACAAAAAAACAAAAUGCAGCGGAAAAACUUGGGAAA